AAAGGUUACAGAAAGAGACCCAAAGAGAAAGUGAGAGAAACUAGGCAAAGUCUGGGAAGUAUCGGAAGCAGAGUUCUUCUAUUUCAUGCAAGUUCAGUUCACCAAUUAAUUGAGAAGUUUUACUGAAGCCAACUGCAAGAGGUUUGAACAAUGGCAGAUAUCCCUAACAAGAUGAUCCUUAAAAACCAUGCCCUUCAGAAGUAUAUUUAUGAGACAAGUGCUUAUCCAAAAGAGCAUGAGCAACUAAAGAAAUUAAGAGAGGCUACUGUCGAGAAGUAUCAAGUGUUGAGUGUGAUGAAUUUGCCAGUUGAUGAAGCACAAUUCCUGUCCAUGCUUGUAAAGAUCAUGAAUGCCAAGAAAACCAUGGAAAUUGGAGUUUUCACUGGCUAUUCCCUUCUUACCACUGCCCUGGCAUUGCCUGAGGAUGGCAAGAUAUUAGCAAUUGAUCAUGACAAAGACGCCUACGAGUUUGGAUUACCAUAUAUCAAGAAGGCUGGAAUUGAGCACAAGAUCAACUUCGUCCCAUCCGACGCCUUCACAGUUCUAAAUGAUCUUCUUAACAACGGUGAAGAAGGGACCUUUGAUUUCAUAUUUGUGGACGCUUGGAAAAGUGAUUACUUGAAAUUUCAUGAGUUGACACUAAAACUGAUUAAGAUCGGAGGAAUUAUAGCUUAUGAUAACACAUUAUGGUAUGGUUCUGUUGCACAAGCUGAGAACGAAAUUGAGGAUGAAUUCAUUCUAUCAUUCAGAAACUUCGUCAUCGAAUUCAAUAGCUUUAUAGCUGCUGAUCCUCGAGUUGAAUCAUCAAUCAUUUCAAUCGGCGAUGGUGUUACUCUUUGCCGGCGUCUCUGUUAGCGAAACUCAAGUCAACGAGGACUCUUCCUCGUUGGUGAAGUGGUUUGAAAGAUAAGAAUAAAGUUGAAGCUUGGGGUUUUGACGAAUCUGAUCAGUUUGAAUUAUCUUUGGCGUAUUACUUUUGAAUUUGAAUACUCUCCUACUAUCAAAUUGCACGUGAAUUGCAUUUUAAGUUUUUUUUUUUUAA